AGCAAUGGCAGAAGUGAGCACACCCACACGCACACACGCCCGCAUCAAUGACAAUACAUCAGUGGACAAUACAUCAGUUCCAUGACUACAUAAUGACAGCGUAUAACAGAGAUGGGAUUACGUCAUCCCCAUUGUGUAACACUACUAGUCGCUUAUAGUCUUUUGUUUGUUGACAGCAGAGAUGGCCGAUGGGAUGAAUGACCUCCUGUAAACGUUCUUUUUCACAAGAGGGACUCUCAAUCUCCGUCCUGAGGGCAUAGGCUCGAAGCGGGGGUUGAGUGGAUGGGUGGGGUCAAGCAUGAUUGUGUUGCUUUCCGGACAAGGGCUGAAUCGUACAGUAACUUCUGUCAUCUUUGGGCUAAUUGCCUUGCCUUCAAUACAAGAAGAGGCUUACGGUCCAAAUGGCAAGUCUACUACCUUGCUUCAAGCAAACCAAACCCAGGAAUAAGUCAAAGUCUAUUAAAGAAAUGUGCUACGAUGUACCCGACACGUUAUGUGACCGGAUACAUAUUGAAGAGAUCACAGGAAAGUCCGGCGCAACCGUUGCCCUUCGACCCUCAACUAUUCCGGGCCAUACGACGUUUAUUAUGACAGGCACUCGAAGUCAACAUCUAGAAGCUUUACGACUGAUCGGCACAGCGACAGGGCAACAGAUGAGGGAGUUGCAAAAAGCACAAACCUAUUGGCUAGAAUGGAUUCAAGCAGCAUUUCCUGAGUUUGAAAGUGAAACCUAUUUCCUCCCACCUGUCCACAUGAGGCGCGUGCCGAUGACUCAGCAAAGUAUUGCAUGCCAGUGUGUAUCUGUACUUAACAUAGAAGACCAACCAAGGUCUCCUGCGAAGCAUCCAGACAUGACCCCAUCGUCCACAGAACCACCUCAGAUUUCGAACAUUCCUUGUGUACAACAGAGCGACAUGUAUGAUGAUGAAGCAAUUCAGAUUGUUUUGUUUUCUCUUAAAACAUUAUCGGAGCUACGAAAAGAAGUUUUUAUGUGUCUGAGUCAAUUUUCUUUUGGGUCUUAUUUGGGGGAACCCGGCUUUGCUCCAGCAACAGCCCAUCUUCCGUUACCUAGCAACCUGCCGUCUACGUUACCUUGGAGCUGGAGACAAGGUGACUUUGAUGUGCUCCUCAUUCACAAACAGUACGGCUUUGUUAUAAUUGAAAUAAAAUCUGUUGGAUACAGUACUGGACACUCGCAAGAAGAGAGAGAUAAACAUAUAAAGAAGAAACUGAUGGAUGCUGUACAACAGUUAAACAAAGCGGAAGCCAUGUUGUCAUAUUUGGUGUCAGACAUUGCUUCUGGUGUGCGCAUCACCAAAACAAUCGCAUGUCCAAACCUAACGGCUGCUCAGAUACAUCAAGUCGUUUCUGACUGUGAUGAAGUGCGACAAGCCCUGUGUCAGUGUUUUAAACUGAGAGAUCCUGACGACAUGAAACAUCUGAUUCUUUCUUCUGAUCAUCUGUUUUUACCUCAAACUUUAAAACAUGACAUGAAUGAUAAGAUAAAGGCGAUAAAUGAGUGGUGGCAACAAGUGGUUGGACCAGGUCCUGAUGCACAGUCACGAAGCAGACAUACCAUGUACCUAGAUAUUUUAGCCAGGUUCUGUGGCCCAGCCUCUACUGUGACAGUACCAUGCACAAAUGAACCUCGUAUCUGCAUAAAAACUUUCGACCAGGCAGUGGCCCACGUGGGAAACUGUUACGCCGCUCAUAUGAUACUUUUCCCCGAGCAAAUCGACCUUCUUACCAGAGCGCCUCGUAGGGUAUUCAUGGCGGGUCCUCCAGGUGCAGGAAAAUCUACUGUUCUUCUCCUAAUAGGCCUGGUUUGGUUAGAAGAUGGCAACGACGUUUACGUCUUGAGUACGUGGGACCGCAGUCUUUCAGCAACAUUCAGAAUUUGUUAUCUGCUGCAAGAGACUCUGAAGACGCAUCGCCCUGACAUGGAGGGGACAGGGCAUGUUCUAACCAUCAAGAAAAAUUUCAGACAAAUGACAGACGUGGAGGAAGCGUUAACCGAACUUACAGAGCUGGCUAGACAGAAACCAUUGCAUAUCAUCGCUGACGAAGUGGGUCCUGACCUCGAGUCAGAAUACUAUAUCUUUCCAAAAUUCUGUGAGAGUCUGCUACAACGUUGUCAUGGUUUUGUCGAUCAUCUCCAUUUCUGGGUGGCAAGUAGUCACAACAGUGUCGCACCAGAAGAGUUUUACAAAGAGGACAAAGUAGGCUGGGAAUGGAAUUGUUUCACGAGACCACUGCGCCCACCACCAUGUGUGCUCCGAGAAAUCAAAAAAGCCGUGGAGAUUAAGAUGGGCAUAGUUCAGGAUUACAGUGAGAGAAGUGUACCAGACCACACGGAUGGCCCACCUGUAAAGUGGUUUUACCAUCACCCUGAACAGCAUGAAUGCUCAAGGGUUGAAGACUGUGAUGUUUGUGGUAAAGAUGUGGCAACCUUCCUUAUUAAGAAACUCCGACUGUGCUUGUCUGCUUCCGCUGAGAGUGAUUCUGCAUUAGUCAACAAAGAGAACCCUUCUGGUGGCAACAGACCUAGACUAUGCUUGCAGUACAAAGAUGUAUUUAUUUUGUCUUGGGGUCAGCUUCAUGAAGAUGCCCCUGUCUUGAAGGCUUUGAGAGAUGCUGACAUCCCAGUGAGAGUGAUGAGCGACUCGGAGUCAGACAUCGAGGACGUGGCUAUAGCCUGCAGUAACGUGGUGUGGGCGGCCAGACAGCAGUUGGUGUGUGGCUCAAUGAGAAAGGUUGUCGUUGUUCUCAGCAACUACGAUGACAGUAAGGGACAGUACGUCUUCACCCGUCUAUGUGCCAUGUCCAGGUGUACAUCACAACUGGUGGUCGUUUGUCCUCCACCCGAAGAUGAGUCGGACUAAUCAAAUAGUUCAAAGGGUAUUUUUAAACACAUGUAGUUUUACAUUUAUGACAGCAUGUGUAAUAAAUAACACACACACAGUGCUUUCUGGUUGAGUGUUAUGUAAGCAGAAAAAGAAUAAAAAUGCAACAUACCAGGCUACGGACAAAACAUAUAUAAAUUCAUAGGAUUUUCAAGAGAUACCCUUAAGGAGUGGUGAUGGUCCGUAGUGAUGCUUGUUUCAGCAGCAAUGCUUUGAUAACAACUUCUCACACGCCCAUCAAAACACAGAGUUAAGGUCUUCUGGGAAUUUCACCUUGAGCGUUUAGAGGCAGAACAUUUAGAACCUUUAUUCUCACACUGUCUACUAAACUUGCUCUAGAGAAGUUUGGAAAACGUUUUGUUUAUUUCUAUGGAUAAUAAUAUCUGUGGAUCAAAAUACUGCAAUAGUAAGGUCCUAAUGAAGUAAACUAGUGAAGUGAACAGAACUUUUCUUAAACUUUAAAAUCAGAAAGGAAAAGAAUAAAGUCAGGUGGACUACAUUUUUAUAUUUUUGUUGCAUUUUUUGGGUGUUUUAUAUUUGUGAUAUUUGAAUGAGAGACUUCAUCGUUUAAUUGUUUACUAGUAGCAAAGGAUUUAGAAACCAACUUUGCAGGUGGAAAUAAAGCAACUUAAGGUUCUGAAAAUUUAGUUACAGAAAUUUCACUAACGGUUGCUAAAGAGAUCGAUGUGAUGAUUGUUUCAGCAGUGAUGUUUUGAUAACGAUUUGUCACUCGCUCUACAGAACACUGUUUGAAUUAAUCAAUUAUUUCCUUUAUGUAUUUAUGGAAUGUCAAGUCAAUUCUAGUUUGAAGUACAGUGAUACCUCGGUUCUCGAACGCCUUGGUUUUCGACCAAAUCGGUAUUCGACCAGGAAAUUCGAGAAAAUUUUGUCUUGGAAUCCGAACAAAUAUUUGGAACUCGA